AUCUUUCUUUCUUUUUUUUUUCUUUUCUCUCUGCAAACUCUCCAUUGUUCUUUUGAUGUGAUUCUCCACCAUAUCUCUAAAAAAGAUUGAAAGCUUAAGCUCAAUACACCAUGGUUUUCUCUUCUGUUCCAUAUCUUGAUCCCCCAAAUUGGCAACAGGCACCAAGUCAUCAUCAUCAGCAAGCUGGGGUUAUCACUAGUGAGAGUCAUCAUCAUAAUUCUCAGCUUCCACCACCGCCGCCGCCGCUGCCAGUACCGGGUGUUGGCGGUGGUGGUAUUAGGCCUGGUUCGAUGACGGAACGAGCUAGGCUAGCUAAAAUACCACAACCUGAAUCAGCUCUAAAGUGUCCUCGUUGUGAAUCAACCAACACUAAGUUUUGUUAUUUCAACAAUUACAGCCUUUCUCAGCCUCGUCACUUUUGUAAGACUUGUAGACGGUACUGGACUCGCGGCGGAGCUUUAAGGAACGUACCAGUCGGCGGUGGUUGCCGGAGAAACAAAAGAAGCAAAGGAAAUAAUAGAUCAAAGUCUCCGUCAGUUGUUACCGAACGGCAACAUGGUUCAAGUUCAUCUUCAAGUACACUUGUUUCUAAUAGUUGCACUGAUAUAUUAACCCACAUGAACCCACCAGCACCACCUCAAUUACCUCUAUUGCCACCCUUACACCAUCUCGGCAACUACAAUUCCGGCGAUAUCGGGCUGAAUUUCGCAGGAAUUCCACCACAAGUGGCGGUGACAGGCUGUGGAACUAGUGCUAGUGACAUGGAUUUUCAAGGCUCAACUGGAUUGGUGGAACAAUGGAGAUCACUUCAACAAGUUCAACAAUUUCCAUUUUUGACUAGCUUGGAACAAUCCCAAACUGGGUUAUAUCCAUUUGAAAGUGAUGGUGUGGAGCCACCACCGAGUUAUGCUGGUCAUCAUCAAUUUCGGUCUAAGCCAUUAGAGAGUGCUAUUACACAGCUUGCGAAUGUUAAAAUGGAGGACUCUCAACAAGGAUUGAAUUUAUCAAGGAAUUUUUUGGGAAUUUCGGGCAAUGAUCAUCAAUACUGGGGCACUGCCACUGCUGGCAACUCAUGGACUGACCUUUCUGGUUUCAUCAAGGAGAAAUCAAGUCAUAGAUAAAGGGUUUUCAAUGAAGAACAAGCUCUAACUUUUUGAAUGAAGGAAUGGGAGACUAAAAACAAGAGGUUUUUAGAAAAAUUAAUGGUAGAUAUUUUCUACUCUUGAAAAAAAUUAUUUGUUGUGUUUCUAUGUAUUAAUAUUGUGAUGAUCUAUAAGGAAAUUAAGUAGGGUUUUAAUUUAUAUAUAUAUGUAAUUCAUGGAGAGAAAAGGGUUUGGGGUAUCUGACUUUGAAGAAAUUAAGAUAGAUUAUUGUCAAUUUAUCAUAGUUGAUGAUGAAAAAAAACAACAAUGCUUUGAUCUAUUAUGUAAAAAAAAAAAAAUUUGCCA